AUGGUGAGCUGCACCAGUCCAGGCCUCUGGGCCGGUGCCACGGUCAGACACCAGGCUGCCGUCAUCUGGUUUUCACCCUGGCAGAUCCUGGAAGCCUACAUAGGAGAUGUCAGUGUUGACAAGAUCCAAAAGCAGAGUGAAACACUUGGAAUCAUGGAGGAGCUACUUUUACCGGCCGGGGAAGAGGAGGGACGCUCGGAGAACAGUUCUUAUGGUCCGGGAGACGCAGAAAAAACCAUGGCGGAUCGCAUCAAGCGUUACCUCCGGGAGAACGUCACCUUUAACCUGCGACAGAACUUGAGGGAUUUCUGCAAACGCAAUGGGCUCUUGACUCUGUCGUUAUUUGCCGUUUUGACCGGCUGCAUCUUGGGCUUCAUGCUACGAGGAACCAAGCUGUCAUUUCAGGCAAAGAUUUAUUUCUCCUUCCCUGGAGAGCUGCUGAUGAGGAUGCUGAAGAUGCUGAUUCUUCCUCUCAUCACAUCCAGUUUAAUGUCUGGCCUGUCAUCUAUGGAGUCCAAAGCCUGCUGUCGGAUGGGGGUCCUGACCGUCACCUACUACCUGUGGACCACCUUCAUUGCCGUGGUGGUGGGCAUCGUGCUGGUGCUCAUCAUCAAACCAGGGGUCGGAACCGAAAUGGAGAGUAACCGGCUGGGCGGGGGGCCGGUCAUGACCUCAGCUGAUGCCUUGCUUGACCUCAUCAGGAAUAUGGUUCCCUCCAAUCUUAUCGAGGCCACGUUUCAGCAGUACAAAACAGACCUGGUUCCAAUCUUCAAACUCCCUACCAGAACCAUCCAACCGAACUUUGUCUACGUCAUUCCCGAUGAUAAUGACCCUAAAGGUCAUACGGUGUACCUGGAGCUGACCCCGGCCCCAGAGGUCACCUAUAAGACCAGUCCCGGCAGCAGCCAGCAGAUGAACGUACUGGGUAUCGUCAUCUUCUCUGCCACCAUGGGUCUGUUACUGGGCAGGAUGGGAGAGAGAGGAGCGCCGCUCGUCAACGUGUGUCAGUGCAUCAACGAGUGUGUCAUGAAAAUCAUCAAUGCUGCUGUCUGGUAUUUUCCAUUCGGCAUCAUUUUCCUGGUGGCGGGAAAGAUUCUGGACAUGCAGGACCCGACCACGCUGGGCAGGAAGCUGGGCUGGUACACUGUUACAGUGCUGGCCGGCCUCUUCGUCCAUGGACUCAUCCUGCUUCCUUUCUUUUACUUCCUCCUGACUCGGAAAAACCCCUUCACCUUCAUCCGAGGGCUGCUCCAGGCCAUGGUGGUCGCCCUGGCCACCUCCUCCAGUUCUGCCACUCUGCCCAUCACCAUGAAGUGUUUGCUAGAAAACUGCAACGUGGACAGACAGAUCGCACGCUUCGUCCUUCCUGUUGGGGCCACCAUCAACAUGGACGGCACGGCUCUGUAUGAAGCGGUGGCUGCCAUCUUUAUCGCCCAGGUCAACGACUACGAGCUGGAUUUUGGCCAGCUGGUCACAAUAAGCAUCACAGCCACGGCGGCCAGCAUCGGCGCAGCAGGGAUCCCCCAGGCCGGUCUGGUUACUAUGGUGAUUGUGUUGACGUCGGUGGGUCUGCCUCCAGAUGACAUCACGCUCAUUGUGGCCAUCGACUGGGUGUUGGACCGGUUUCGUACCAUGAUCAACGUCCUCGGAGAUGCCCUGGCAGCAGGAAUCAUCGCCCACCUCUGUCGAAAAGACUUUCCGCUCGGCAGCGGGAGACAGGUUCCGUCCUAUGGUACUCAGAACCCUCACACUCCCCAAAACUCCACCAGCGUCAGCAUACCGAUGACAGAGCUACACACACACAAGGACUGCAUCUAUGACGAGACGGGGGACUCCAUCAACUACAGAAACACACAGACUGUGUACUACAACAUCUGUCAAGUGUGA